AUGAGAAAACUUCAAAUUUUAGAUCUAUCGGGAAAUGAAAUCGAUGGCCAUAGUAGGGAGAUAAGAGGAAUUGAACUGUCUUACUUGGAUCUCUCCCGUAACAUCAUAACAAGGCCAUUCCCUCCAUCAAUUUGGAACAUGGACAAUCUACAAUAUUUGAAUAUGUCCAACAAUCGCUUUAGUGGAGUGAUUAAACCUGGAGAUAUGAACUUCUCUCCUUCAGUUAUAGAUAUGGGGAACAAUAGUUUUAGUGGCACCAUUUCACACGUAUGUGGUAAGGUGCCAAAUUGCUUUUCCAAAUGCCUAGAAUUGGAAGUGCUUGAUCUGGGAAACAACCGCUUAACUGGUGCAUUCCCUGACCACUUAGGACGUCUUCCAAAUCUAAAGGUUCUUGUCUUCAGAUCAAACAAGUUUCAUGGUCCCAUAGAAAGAAGCUCUUCUAUGAUCGCACACCCAUUUCCUAGUUUGAGAGUUCUUGACUUAUCUCAAAAUGAGUUUGGAGGCCAUCUCCCUGGAAAAUAUUUUCAAAAUUUUGAUGCUAUGAAGAAUGUGAUCAAGGAUGGCAAGAAUGGGUAUUUGAAUCUUUACUACUAUAACAUCUUUUACUAUAUCGUUAUUGUGGUGAAAGGUCAGCAACUCUCAUUUGAGAAAAUUUCAAAGGACUACACGAUUGUUGAUCUAUCCGGUAACAAAUUUGAAGGAGAGAUUCCAAACGAAAGAUGCACUCUUAACUCGUUGAUAGUGCUCAACUUAUCCAACAACCACCUCAAUGGUCAGAUCCCACAGACUAUAGGUAACCUCUCUGAGAUUGAAUCAUUAGACCUAUCUCGAAACCAACUAUCAGGAAAGAUUCCUCAAAGUCUUGCAGACAUCACGAGUCUUGAAGUCUUAAAUCUCUCGCAGAACCUUCUGGUGGGACGUAUUCCUGGUGGAACACAGUUGAGUACAUUCGGCACUUCAUUCGAAGGGAAUCCGGGACUAUGUGGGUUUCCGCUGCCCAAGGAGUGUAAACAUGCGAGUGCCCCACAACUUGAAGUUGAUGGAGAAGAUGAGAGUGUAUUUACAUGGAAAGUGGUGAUGUUGGGAUAUGGAUGUGGAACCCUAGUUGGAUUAUUGUUGGGAUAUUUCAUGUUGUCAACAGGGAAGCCAAAGUGGUUGAAUGCAAUUGUUGAUAAAAUAGAGCAAAUGAUCCAGAGAAGGCAAAACAAGAGAAGAUAA